AUUUUAGUUACUUGUAAUAAAUCUGAAUACUAAAUUAAUUUUAUCACUAUGUCCAAUAAGUCAACAAGCAUUAAAGAAGAUUCAAAAUCAAACACAACAGCAAAUCUUCAUAAUUGAUGAAAUAACAACAAAUGGUGAAGGUUGGACUGAUGAUGCAAUACAAACUGAAAGCGAAGGUUCAUAUGAUAUUGAAAUGACAUUAUCAUCUGAUGUUGUAUGUUUUUAUUCAAAUAUAUAAAUUAUUUGUUUAUUUUAUAAAUAUUUCUAAAUUUUUAUUUUAAUUAUCAAGAUUUGAUGCAUAUUCAUCAAAAUUAUUUUAUCCAAUAGUUGGAUUAAAAUUAGAAGAAUUCGUUGGGCGCCUUCAAAUCGCUUAUCAUUUAAUAACAAAUGAAAAAUUUCGUUCAAUAUUAUUAUCUGUUCCACUAUUUAUUAUUGAAUCAUGUCAAUUUAUUCUUGAAAGUCAACCAUGA